AUGUCCAACCAGUUCGAUCGUGCAGGUGUUUCCCUCAGUCGUUGUCACACUGUGAUUCUUGAAGAUAUAAAAGUAUUUAAACUGUUAGGAACGGCAACGCUUAAAGGAUCCAUCAAUCUGACACAUCAGCUUAUCCCGCCGUCUUCUGACAAUGGUCUUAUGACUUCUCUACGUCAACUUCUAGGAGGCGGCAGAGUGGAUUUGGAAAUGGCGACAGAAGAUCCUUUCCUUUCCCGCAUUGACAAUGCCACUACUGACCCCGCACCGGAAGACCCAUAUUAUAGUUAUUAUGUAGAGUUGGUUAAAAUCAUAUCUAUCAUAGGUUACAGUAUAACGUUUGUCUUGGGGGUGGUGGGGAACGGGUUGGUCAUCUGGAUCGCCGGAUUUAAGAUGAAAAGGAUGGUCAACACGAUCUGGUUUUUGAAUCUGGGAGUCGCCGACUUCACAUUCGACCUGCUCUUGCCUCUCCUUAUAACAGAAUGGGCAAUGGACGGGCACUGGCCCUUUGGGUGGAUAAUGUGUAAAGUUAUAAACACUGUUCUUUUUCUAAACAUGUCUGUCAGUACCUCCUUCUUGAUGAUCAUCAGUAUUGACCGUUGUGUCUCCGUCGUGUGCCCAAUAUGGUCCAAAAACCACCGAAGCCCCAGAUUAGCCAUAAUAGUUUCAAAAAUCGUUUGGCUCCUGUGUCUGACCCUCAGCUCUCCAUACCUUGCUUUUUUUGAUGUUGAACAAGAAUUCGGGGAAAAUAUAUCCUACUGCGUUCCUGUAUAUGCCCAGGAUUACCAGAAGUAUAACGUACGGCACAAGGCCAUGCUCCUUACCAGACUUGUGUCCAUGUUCAUCGUUCCAUUCUCCGUCAUCCUGGUUUGUUAUGGCAUCAUUAUCAUUCGACUAAGAAGAAGCAGGAAUCUGUCUGUGUCCAAUCGACCAUUCAAAGUUAUCGUUUCUAUUGUCUUCUGCUUCUUCUGCUGUUGGUUUCCUUUCCACUUCUGCCCUCUGUUAGACUUUGCGUACCUUGAUACCACCUGGGAAACAGAUCUGAUUGUGUAUUAUCUAUCGAUUUGCUUGGCUUAUUUCAACAGCUGUCUCAACCCCAUCUUGUACGUCUUCAUCGGACGCGACUUCAAAAAGAGCUUGAUUAGAUCGAUCCCGUUUCUCCUGGAAAGCACGUUUCGGGAGAGAUGUGACUUAAACUCUGAGAAUCAAGGUGAUCAGACGGUUAUGGGGACAGAACUGGAGAGUUAUAACGCAUGAUCUGUGCCAUUCGUUGUGACCGAUAAGCUUCGUAUUUCAGUCGUCCA